GUCAGGCUUUGGCACUCAGGAUGUUCCUGUUUGGUUUACAAGGGUACUGGAGGUCUGUUGGAUACGUUUAUGUGUCUGGAAACAAAUUAUGAUCCAUCACUUUUUCCUUCCUUUUAUUUCUUUGUUCUUUGCACAGAAAUUUGGGGGUUGUGGGGGGAUUGGAUUCCUCAGAAGGUUUUAACAGAAAUGCCUUUUCCCCUUUGAUAACUGUCUGAAGUAUGUUCCCUUAAGAGCCUCCUGUAUGGUCUGUGUUUGCCAUUUGUAACCACAGUAUGUCAAAGAAUUAUUUGAUCCUGGGGUGAGGCAGCCAGCUAUUUGCAUGUCAUGAGGUCUAAGGGAAACAAACUGACCCUCAGCCUUCCCCUAUCCAUCCAGUUUCUGAUGGGACUCUCAAAUAGCUCUGGCAGUGUGUUCUGUUUCUUUUGGAUUUGAUGAAUGCUUGUUUCUGUGAAGACAUGUAAUUAUUUAUUCCUUCAUUCUACUGCACAAGUUACCAGCAGAAGCAGCCUCAGACCAAAUGAUCUGUCCUACAAAGGCCACCAUUGGCACGAGAGAUGCUUCAAGUGUGCCAAAUGCUGUCAGUCACUGGUGGAGAAACCAUUUGCUGCCAAGGACAAGGUCUUGCUGUGUACCGAGUGCUACUCUGAUGAGUAUUCAUCCAGGUGUUUCCACUGCCAGAAGACCAUCAUGCCUGGGUCCCGCAAAAUGGACUUUCAGGGAAGCUCCUGGCACGAAUCCUGCUUCAUUUGCCAGCACUGCCGACAGCCGCUGGGGACAAAGCUUCUGAUCACCAAAGACAAGGAGAAUUACUGCCUGCCCUGCUUUGAGAAGCAAUUUGCUCACCAUUGCUACUCCUGCAGAAAGGUGAUAACUUCUGGGGGAGUGAGCUACCAUGACCAGCCUUGGCAUAAAGAAUGCUUUGUGUGUGCCGGGUGCCAAACCCAGCUGUGUGGACAAAGAUUUAUUUCCAAAGAUGACUCUCCAUACUGUGUGGAUUGCUUCAGCAAACUGUAUGCUAAGAAGUGUGCUGCUUGCAAGAAACCUAUUACAGCUCUUGGAGGCCCCAGGUUUAUCUCCUUUGAAGAGCGUCAGUGGCACGGGGAGUGCUUUCGCUGCAGGAAAUGCUUGGCCUCGCUGGUGGGGCAGAGUUUCCUCACCCAGCAGGAGGAUGUCCUCUGUCACAAGUGUGGCUCUGCUCCAUAGCUCUGCGCAGAGCUGCACAGCUGCAUUAUUCCUGCUCUGCAGCAACGUGCCUUGUUGCUCUGCAGCAAGAAAACCAUGACAAAGGUGCAAGAGUUAUUUAGCCAUUCCAGCAGCAGAAUCAUUCUAUCCUAGUUCUCAACGGCUUACACAGAAAACUUCCAAAGCCCCAUGCCUAGGAAAGCAACACAGAAAAGGAUCAUAGAUGUUUCCAAUACCGCCAGAGCACGUUUCUCCUUGUGAGACACUGCUCUCUGCUGUUAGAAGAUUAAACAGGGAGGUUUCAUCUCCCAAGAACCAGGGAGGGCUGAUGAAGUCUCUAUGGCACAUGGCUAGGAGGAAGGCCUUAGCAGUGCUUCACAGAAACAGAUCGUGGCAUCAGAAACAGGGCACCUGCACGUCUCUAUGGGAUCCUGACACCGAUGGGAAGAGCUUGUAACCAUCAGCUUCCUCCAUGCCUCAGCUGCUGACAAAGCAGGCAGAGCGUGGGAGGAAGGGAUGCUUUUGUACAGAGGGCCUCUGAGUCAGGCCCAUUCCAAAGCCAGAUAAAGUGAGGAAAAAAAAUUUCCUCUCCUUGCUGAGAUUGCUCCUCAGAGACAGUCUGCAGUCAGCCCAAAACUGCACGGCAGCUCCGCUCCCAAAACUGGGCAGCUGUACUUAAUUUUUCAGGUGUAAAACUGCUUUAGAACAUAACUAAUCCCAACUUUUGAGCUACUGUGAGAGCUAAGGAUUGUCCAAGACUGGGCAGUGCUGCUGUCUCCACUACCUUCUCUAGACCUUCAAAUAGACACAUAAAAUAGGUAUUUUUGUUGGGAGACACAAAAGUCAGCUCGUGCCCAUACUUUUCCUCCCUCAAAACCCAUGUCAAAGCACUGUUAAUGGCCUUAUCCUCUCCACUCUGCUAGGUUUUAGCUCCCUGUCUACCCCUUUUCUUGCAAAUGCUCCACUGUCUGUAGCAGGCUAUAAGCUCUUCAGCAUCAAUACCUAAUUCAUUGGUCUGUGUGCCACAUGCUCAUGAUGUGUCAAGGGCUGGCAGUGUUAUUGCAGGCUAAGCAGUCCUGGCUUUGAGAGUUUGCUGUGCUUCAGCACUUCACUGUCCAUCAUUAAAGGUCAGCUGGAGCUGUUACAAGCAUUUAUCUUCUUCCUUCUUCACACUCUAUGCUACAAUGGCCUGAUUCAUGUUCCUGUGAGAGAUACUGUGGAAAACGGCAGGUCCUGCACCACUCCACACUGGCUUGGUCCUCAUCUUACCUAUUUAUGCUGUACGUUUUCCUUUGGAGUCUGGCCUUAAGUGCAUUAUUUGGCUGACUUGAGUGGGCUUUAUCCAUCCUGAAGACAGAAUCAUCACAGAGUGACAGAAUUGGUGAAUUACCACACACUGCCAUUACUUCAGCUAGAAAAGUGAAAAAAAAGGGCAAAAAGCAAAAGCAAUGUGUAAGUAUAGCUACACCAGAGCUGAGCUGCAGUGUCAUCAAAUCACUAUGGGCAACAGCUGACCGACCAGCACAGAGUGGCCAGCUCUCAGUCAAUAAAACAUUGAUCUGCUCUA